UCCCGCCCGCGGCGGCCGCAGCAGCCGCAGCAGUAGCGGCUCCAGGAUGGUGAGUGCCGCUGCCCCCCAGCCCCGGCCUGUCGCCCCCGGCCUGCGCCCCGGCCCUGGGGCCGGACGUCCCCCCAGGCUGCGCACACUCACCUAGGACCCGGCCGGGAUGCCGAGCUCUGUCGAAGAUGCACUGGACACCGGAGCACGCCCAGCCCCUCAACCAGUGGCCAGAGCAGCACCUGGACGUCUCCUCCACCACCCCGUCGCCGGCCCACAAGUUGGAGUUGCCCCCUGGGGGUCGCCAGCGCUGCCACUAUGCCUGGGCACACGACGACAUCUCUGCCCUCACCGCCUCCAACCUCCUCAAGCGCUACGCAGAGAAGUACUCAGGGGUCCUGGACUCGCCCUACGAGCGCCCCACCCUGGGCGGCUACGGCGACGCCGCCUUCCUCAACGGCGCCAAGGGGGACCCCGAGCCCUGGCCGGGGCCGGAGACCCCCUACCCCUUGGCCUCGCUUCACGAGGGCCUCCCGGGAACCAAGUCGGGCAGUGGGGGCGGCUCCGGGGGCCUCGGGGGUUCGCCAGUUUUAGCAGGGAACCUGCCUGAACCCCUCUACGCCAGCAACACAUGUGGGGGCCCGUCGUCGGCGCCCGAGUACGCGGCGGGCUACGGCGGGGGGUACCUGGCGCCCGGCUACUGCGCGCAGACGGGCGCCGCGCUGCCCCCGCCGCCCCCAGCCGCGCUCUUGCAGCCCCCGCCCCCGCCAGGCUAUGGCCCCUCGGGGCCUCUGUACAACUACCCCGCAGGGGGCUACGCCGCGCAACCGGGCUACGGGGCCCUCCCGCCGCCGCCGGCCCCGCCCCCGGCCCCCUACCUGACCUCCGGCCUGGCGGCGCCCACGCCCCUCCCCGCGUCCGCCCCGCCCCGGCCGGCGCCCGCCUCCUACGGCUUCCAGGCGGCCGCGGAGGCCGGGGUGUCGCUGAAGCGCAAGGCCGCCGACGAGGGCGCCGAGGGCCGCUACCGCAAGUACGCCUACGAGCCCGCCAAGGCUCCGGCGGCCGACGGCGCUUCCUACCCAGCCGCGGACAACGGCGAGUGUCGGGGCAACGGGUUCCGGGCGAAACCGCCGGGAACCGCGGAGGAGGCGUCGGGCAAGUACGGCGGCGGCGUCCCCCUCAAGGUACUGGGCUCCCCUGUCUACGGCCCGCAACUCGAGCCCUUUGAGAAAUUCCCGGAACGGGCCCCGGCGCCGGCUCCCCGCGGCGGCUUCGCAGUGCCGUCGGGGGAGCCUCCCAAAGGUGUGGACCCGGGGACCCUGGAACUGGUGACCAGCAAAAUGGUGGACUGCGGGCCGCCCGUGCAGUGGGCGGACGUGGCGGGCCAGGGCGCGCUCAAGGCGGCGCUGGAGGAGGAGCUGGUGUGGCCUCUGCUGAGGCCGCCCGCCUACCCGGGCAGCCCGCGCCCGCCGCGGACCGUGCUCCUCUUCGGGCCGCGGGGCGCCGGCAAAGCGCUGCUGGGCCGCUGCCUGGCCACGCAGCUGGGCGCCACGCUGCUGCGCUUGCGCGGAGCGACGUUGGCUGCGCCGGGCGCCGCCGAGGGCGCGCGCCUUCUCCAGGCUGCCUUCGCGGCUGCGCGCUGCCGCCCGCCCGCGGUGCUGCUCAUCAGCGAGCUGGACGCGCUGCUACCCGCCCGGGACGACGGCGCGGCCGCCGCGGGCGCGCUGCAGGCGCCACUCCUGGCCUGCCUGGAUAGCGGCUGCGGCGCAGGGUCCGACGGCGUGCUGGUCGUGGGCACCACCUCGCGUCCCGCGGCCCUGGACGAGGCGACCCGCCGGCGCUUCGCUCUCCGCUUCUACGUGACGCUGCCCGACGGCCCGGCCCGCGGGCAGAUACUGCAGCGGGUGCUGGCCCAGCAGGGCUGCGCGCUGAGCGAGCGGGAGCUGGCGGCCCUCGUGCAGGGCACCCAGGGCUUCUCUGGGGGCGAGCUGGGGCAGCUGUGCCAGCAGGCGGCGGCCGGGGCGGGCCUCCCGGGGCUGCAGCGCCCCCUCUCUUACAAGGACUUGGAGGCGGCGCUGGCCAAGGUGGGCCCUAGGGCUUCGCCCAAGGACCUGGACUCCUUCGUGGAGUGGGACAAAAUGUACGGCUUCGGACACUAAUGGCGCGCCGGGAGGCCGUGGGAGCCACCGCCCCUUCCCCGCCCCCUCUGUUCGGGAGAGCCGGCUUUAACCCCUCUGGGCUGGGGGGUACCGGAGUGAGGGAUGUGGGGUGGAGGACAAGUGUGGGCUGCCGGUGGGUUCUUCUUUUUUUUUCGUGGGAAGGAAAAUGCUUCUGCUAGGCAGAUAGAUGCCAUA